CAUCACUGAGAAAAAGGCUCUGUUUACUGAAAUUACAGAACCAAGAGGAAGGUGCAAUGGGCACUGCUGGAAAAGUUAUUAAAUGCAAAGCAGCUGUGUUAUGGGAGCCGAAGAAACCUUUUUCCAUUGAGGAAAUGGAAGUUGCUCCGCCAAAGGCUAAAGAAGUUCGUAUUAAGAUUUUGGCCACAGGAAUCUGUCGCACAGAUGACCAUGUGAUAAAAGGAACAAUAGUGGCUAAGUACCCAGUGAUUGUGGGACAUGAAGCAACUGGGAUUGUGGAAAGCAUUGGAGAAGGUGUCACUACGGUGAAACCAGGUGACAAAGUCAUCCCCCUCUUUCUCCCUCAAUGUAGAGAAUGCAAUGCUUGCCGCAACCCAGAUGGAAACUUUUGCAUUAAGAGCGACAUUACUGGUCAUGGAGUACUGGCUGAAGGCACUACCAGGUUUACAUGCAAGGGCAAACCAGUCUAUCAUUUCAUGGGCACCAGUACGUUUACUGAAUACACAGUGGUGGAUGAAUUUGCCCUUGCUAAGAUUGAUGCUGCAGCUCCUCCUGAGAAAGUCUGUUUAAUUGGAUGUGGGUUCUCCACUGGAUAUGGAGCUGCUAUUAAAACUGGCAAGGUCACCCCUGGUUCCACUUGUGCUGUCUUUGGCCUGGGAGGAGUUGGCCUUUCAGUCAUUAUGGGCUGUAAAUCAGCUGGUGCAGCCAGGAUCAUUGGAAUUGACCUCAACAAAAACAAAUUUGAGAAGGCCAUGGCUGUAGGAGCCACCGAGUGCAUCAGCCCCAAGGACUUUACCAAGCCCAUCAGUGAAGUGCUGUCAGAAAUGACAGGCAACAAUGUGGGCUACAGUUUUGAAGUUAUUGGGCGUCUUGACACGAUGGUUGAUGCCCUCGCAUCCUGCCAUAUGAACUAUGGGACCAGCGUGGUGGUUGGCGCGCCUCCAUCCGCCGAUAUGCUCACCUACAAUCCUAUGCUGCUCUUCACUGGACGCACGUGGAAGGGAUGCAUUUUUGGAGGUUGGAAAAGCAGAGACGAUGUUCCAAAGCUAGUGACUGAUUUCCUGGCAAAGAAAUUUGACCUGGACCUAUUGAUCACCCAUGUUUUACCUUUUAGAAAUAUCCAAGAAGGAUUUGAACUGCUCUAUUCAGGGCAAAGCAUUCGAACUGUCCUGACGUUUUGAGAUUCUCAGUGGCAGGAGGUCGUGUUGUGUUAUGGUGACUUGGAGCUUCCCUUUUCACACUCACGUCUGCUGAGAUCCUGGAUCUAUUUCAUAAAUAUAAGCAGAAGUAGAAGAUACGGUGAAGAUACCUAAUCUUUAUGAAAUAAUUAGUUAGAGUCAUAUGAACACCUGGGAAUUAGCAGGGGGCUUGGGUCAAAUAUAUUAAAAUUUUAAAUUUACAUUUCCUAAGGCUAUAAUUAUACAUUUUGAAAAUAUGUACUUGGAUUUUUAUGUUAAAAUGGAGAUUUAUUUAAAAAGAGUUUUAACCAGCUGCCACCACUUAGAGCAGAUUUAGCAUUAACAAUGUGGUAUAUGUAUUUCCUAAAGUAAUAUUAAUUUGGUGGAAGGUCUUUAACAUAUUGUAUACAUGCUUUUUUAGAUUCAAAUGUAAGGUUUUUUUUUUAAUUUGUUAUAAAUUAAAUUCAGUUUUGAAAUCAGCUCGUUGCAUGGUACAAGUUGAUUAGAUUAGAAAAGAAAUGGGGAAAUUUGUGGGAAAUUUUUUAAUGAUUAACUGUAAGAAUCAUCAUUAUGUAAAUAGGUGGACCUGAAAAAGCAUACUAUCAGGGUACAUGAGAUACUGGCCAGUCUAUAUUAAUAUUUCAGUAAAUAAGCCUUUUAUGAUAAUAUUUAAAUAUCAAAGUGCAGCUAGUAUCACAUUGUAAUA